AUGGUUGGGGAAAUGGAAGCCAAGGAGAAGCCCAAGCCGAGCCCCGAUUACCUGAUGCAGCUCAUGAACGACAAGAAGCUCAUGAGCAGCCUCCCCAACUUCUGCGGGAUCUUCAACCACCUCGAGAGGCUGCUGGACGAAGAAAUUAGCAGAGUACGGAAAGACAUGUACAACGACACGUUAAAUGGUAGUACGGAGAAGAGAAGUGCAGAAUUACCAGAUGCUGUGGGACCUAUUGUACAGUUACAAGAGAAACUAUAUGUGCCUGUAAAAGAAUAUCCAGAUUUUAACUUUGUUGGAAGAAUCCUUGGACCCAGAGGACUAACAGCUAAACAGCUUGAGGCAGAAACAGGAUGCAAGAUAAUGGUCCGAGGGAAGGGCUCAAUGAGGGACAAAAAGAAGGUCUCCUUUAAGAGCAGAGACAGCCAUGAUCCAGCAGUUUUGGAGGUAGAGGAAGAACAGAACCGAGGCAAGCCCAACUGGGAACACCUGAAUGAAGAUUUACAUGUACUUAUCACUGUGGAGGAUGCUCAAAACAGAGCAGAAAUAAAGCUGAAGAGAGCUGUUGAAGAAGUUAAAAAGUUACUGAUACCUGCAGCAGAAGGAGAAGACAGCCUUAAAAAGAUGCAGCUGAUGGAGCUUGCAAUUCUGAAUGGCACCUACAGAGAUGCCAACAUCAAAUCACCAGCCCUUGCCUUUUCUCUUGCAGCAACAGCCCAGGCUCCAAGGAUUAUCACGGGGCCUGCGCCUGUUCUCCCACCAGCUGCCCUGCGUACCCCUACGCCAGCUGGCCCUACCAUAAUGCCUUUGAUCAGACAAAUACAAACCGCUGUCAUGCCAAACGGAACUCCUCACCCGACCGCCGCGAUAGUUCCUCCAGGACCCGAGGCUGGGUUAAUUUACACCCCCUACGAAUACCCCUACACACUGGCACCAGCUACGUCAAUCCUCGAGUACCCUAUUGAACCUAGUGGUGUAUUAGGUAUGGCUUUCCCAACGAAAGGCUAAGAAUUCAAGAACGGUCUUAACCGAUCCUUCAUCAGAUCUGAAUUUUAACAAAUGCUUAGUUUCAGCAGCCUUGAAAAAAGCUUGGCCUAGCAGUCAGUGACUUACUUGCACUUUUUUGCACAUAGAUAUAAAAUAAAAUAGUGCUAUUAAUUUGGAUUAGCCCCUAUUAUUACAGAGUAGCUGUAAUUUAUGAGUGUAUAGUAGUAUACUGACUGCUAAGUGUUUUAUAUAGUGUUUGCUUUACUAAUCACCUAAUUCAUUGCAGUUCAUACUUAUUGACUUUAAAAUUUAAAAUCACAAUUUGUAGGCUUGAAGAAUUGCUUUAAAACUUUAUUUGUGGUAGAACUGGAAGUGAUCUUAAGGUUAGGAAAUAAUUGUCAGUAUUAAAAAAUGGCAUUAUUUAAAAUAGUCCUGCUGCAAGAAAGGCACUUCAGUGAAUAUGUGACUAGUAAAGCUUAAAUGUGCUUGGGUCUAAUAGAUUUCAUGAAAUACUGUAAUUUUGGGAUUGUAAAUGAAUGGAUUAAACAGGUUAAGGCCAGGAUGUUUAAAAUAAAUGCAAUAUUAAUCUGCACAGACAAACUUCUUUUUAAGGUUAAGAUUUGAAACUACUGUGCCUUAACUUGUUGCUUUUCUUAAAAUGAACUUUUGUAGUUAAUGAUCAUUUAAAUCCAUUUUGAUAAACCUGCUGUUAAUGUUUUCUUUGAAUGUUUUCUAACUUUGUCUUGGUAAUUGCAAUUUAACUAGGUGCGGUGGCUACUAAAGUUCGAAGGCACGAUAUGCGUGUCCAUCCUUACCAAAGGAUUGUGACCGCAGACCGAGGUUAGUUUAGUUCUGCAGUUCUUGUUUGUAAGAAAUGCUUUGAGUGCACAUGAGAUUUGCAACACCACAGCUGGUUAACCAAAUACCAUAUCUGACCCAUUCAUUAUUUUUUUCUCAAAAAAAAAAAAAAAGAGUUAAUAAUUUAGAGCUUGGGGAAUGCUUGCAGUUUUAAAAAGAUUUUGUAAACGUAGCUUUCCCAGCUAAAUGAAUCGUGUAGACUUUGUGAUAUAUUUAAUAUAAGUGCUAUAACCAAUCCAUUUUAAAAACUAUUUAAAGAUCCAUUGCUGCAGGAAAACACUGAAUUCAGUACUGCAAUAGUUAAUUUGUUUCCCUCUCCCCCUCCCCCCAGAUUUGUUCUUUUAAUGGUGUGGAAAUAUCAGAUUGGUGUUGCAAAAUAAAAUGAAUGGGUGGUUGUUUAAUGAGAAAGAAGUAAAGGAAUAGAUGCCUCCUGUCUGUGUCUGGAGAAAUCUGAAGAUUUAGAUUUUCCUUUUUUCCAGUAAACUUUUGAGCCACUGUACUGUAUAUUUUGAGGAGGAUGCAUGUUCUCAGAUACCUAACUGAAUUCAGAGAGGUAAGGGCUGUGAAGAUAAUACUUCAAAAGUUGUUUGAGCUUGAAUUCCUAAGGGCAGGAGUAAGGGGUGUUUUGGUUUUUUGCCAAAACGGGUUUCUUGGUAUUUGUCUUUUGCUGCUAAAAUGUGUAACCUGAAGGAGAAGCAACUUUUGAAGUCCUGUUGGUGAGAUGACAUCCAAUAUUUGGGCAUCUCUCUCUAACUGUUGAAUGGAAACUAAAUCUUCAUUUUUCUCCUCUUCCUCAAAUGUAAUGUCUUUGGACCCCUGAAUGAAGUAUUUAAGCUUACACGGAAAAGUAAUAGUUUCGGUUUAUUGACAUUGGCUAGGAAGCAGUGGGGGCUAAGCACAGGAACUCCUGAAUUCCUACCCCAGCUCUGCUGUUGGCUCUGUGUGGGUUUUGGCAAGUCAUUUAAUCUCUCUGUGUAUGUUUUCCCAUCUGUAAAAUAAGGAUAAUAAUACUUCCCUACCUCACAGGGGUGUUGUGGGGGUUCUUGUUUGUACAGGGCUUUAAGGAUGCAAAGCAUUAUGCAAGUGCCAAGUAUUAUUAUUCUGCUCUCAUCAAACUCAGUAUUGUGCAGGCUUCCAUGGUAUUGUAAUAGUCAAAGGACGCAUUCAGGUGACACAUCU